CCAAUAACCCAAGAGUAUGCAAGCAAACAGUAAAAAGGCCAUUUUGCUUUUUAGUUUUAAUGGCGUCAGCGGAGAUUAAUAUGGCGUCCUCAGACAUCAUAGCUGAAGUAGAAAUACAACCUGACAUACAAGAAGUUGAAAUUGAAUCAAUGCCAGUUGAUUUACCAUGUGAAACAGUGGAAACAACAAUCGAGGAUGAUGAUGGUGAACAAAUGAUAUCAUUACAGCCACUCCCAGAACCAGGACGUGAAGAAAUCAUACUACAGGGACAAGAAGAGAUUGUUGGUGGUGAUCCAUUAAGCGUUUAUGAUCAGAUACCAGUGCCGGAUAACGAUAUUUAUGUCGAAUCAAGUCCUGGACCUUCGCGAAAAACAACUAAAAAAGGAAGAAAAGGUGGAAAUUCUAGAUUCCGUACACCAGAUCAUACAAUAUUUGGUGAAAUGUCGACAGAAACUAAAUCCAGAAGAUGGGAACAAAAGCAAGUGCAAAUUAAGACACUUGAAGGUGAAUUUUCGGUGACAAUGUGGGCUUCAGGAACCGAUGAUGGGAGUGUCCUAUUAGCGUCUCACCUGGUGGAUGUUCCAGAUGAAGGCUCUAAUCCUGAGCCAGAUCCAGACUACACCGAGUAUAUGACUGGAAAAUCAUCAUCAAAAUUCAAUCAUUCAGGAAGCUCAGUAUCAGAUAGUAUACCAGGACUUGAUUUAUCUGAUCCAAAACAACUUGCUGAAUUUACAAGACCUGGUCAUAAAAUAAAAGUACGAAAACAACCACCAAUGGAUGGUGUAGAACGUACAAUUGCCUGUCCACACAAAGGAUGUAAUAAAAUGUUUCGUGAUAAUAGUGCAAUGCGUAAACAUCUUCAUACGCAUGGACCAAGAGUACAUGUUUGUGCUGAAUGUGGAAAAGCAUUUGUUGAAAGUUCAAAAUUAAAAAGGCAUCAAUUAGUUCAUACUGGAGAAAAACCUUUUCAAUGUACAUUUGAAGGUUGUGGUAAACGUUUCAGUCUUGAUUUUAAUUUAAGAACUCAUGUAAGAAUUCAUACUGGUGAUCGACCUUAUGUUUGUCCAUUCGAUGGUUGUAGCAAAAAAUUUGCACAAUCAACAAACCUCAAGUCUCAUAUAUUGACACAUGCUAAAGCAAAAUCACGAACUACAGUUGGCAGACCAGUAUCACAAAUGCAAGUGACACAACCACAAUUUGUACAAGUUGAAGUUGCUGAUGUUGAUAAUCAGCAAUUUAUUGUCUAUGCUGAUUAGCCUUUCUUUUAAUUAUUAUAAUAACUAUAUUACAUAGAAAUUUAAGCCCCAUAAGUUUCUUUUAAACUCCCAAUGAUAACUCCAUUAUUAUUCUAACUAUACAUUAAUGAUUUAAUUAAUUUUAGAUUAAAUUAUGUACAUAUUUACAAAAAGAAAAAAAGUAAGUGUGGUGUCUGAUAGUGUGAAUAAUAAUAAUUAUAAUAAAUAAUAGUAAUAAUGAUAUUGUUACAAAAUCAGAAAAAAGUAAAAAAAAAAACGAUAAUAACUAUUGGAACAAAAAUUCUCUUGUUUAUUUAAAAAGACUUGAAUGUUGCUCCGGAUUUUCAUUUAACAAUAUUCAAUUUAAAAAAAUUAUUCAACGAACACCAGACGAUUUACAUAUGAACUGUAAAAUUAAACAGAACAAAUUACAACUUUGUAUUUUACAUGAAAAU